CGUGCGAAAGCCGGAUCCCGAGCCCAGCAGGAUGGAUCAUCACCAGCCGGGGACUGGCCGUUACCAGGUGCUUCACAAUGAAGAGGACAAUUCAGAAUCACCUGCUGUAGAGCAGCCAUCCACUUCAAACUCAACACCACAAGUUGUGCAGAGUUCUCCUUCAGCACCAGCACUUGAAACUGAUAUUUCUCCUCCACCUUAUAAUAGUAUUACCACGGAAGUACCUACAACUUCGGAUACAGAAGUUUACAGUGAGUUUUAUCCAGUGCCACCUCCGUACAGUGUUGCUACGUCUCUUCCUACGUACGAUGAAGCUGAGAAGGCUAAAGCUGCCGCAAUGGCAGCUGCAGCAGCAGAAACAUCUCAAAGAAAUCAGGAGGAGGAGUGUCUGCCAAGGGAUGACUUCAGUGACGCAGACCAGCUUGGAGUGGGCAACGACGGGAUUUUCAAGCUGGUAUUUUUUAUGGCAUUUAUAUUCAACUGGCUUGGAUUUUGUUUAUCCUUCUGUAUCACUAAUACUAUAGCCGGAAGGUAUGGUGCUAUCUGUGGAUUUGGCCUUUCAUUGAUCAAAUGGAUCCUUAUUGUGAGGUUUUCUGAUUAUUUUACUGGAUAUUUCAAUGGACAGUAUUGGCUUUGGUGGAUAUUUCUUGUACUUGGCCUUCUCCUUUUCUUCAGAGGCUUUGUUAAUUAUCUAAAAGUCAGAAACAUGUCUGAAUGUAUGGCAGCUGAUCAUAGAACAAGAUAUUUCUUCUUAUUGUAGAGACUGCAUCAACCCAACAUGCCUUUCUUAUACCAAUGUGAAAUUUCCAGGUCAUCUGUAAAUCUACAACUUUAGUGGAAUAGAAGACUACUAAUAGAAGAAAAAUUACUGAAAAGAUGGAGCUUCAAAAUUAAAUGUCAGGGUGGUUAUGCUUAAAAGCCAUUU